UGACAAAGAACGAGUGAGAGGACGUACAACCAAUUUGGCAUUGACAUGAAAAGAAUAAUUUUUAACUUGUCAUCUUGGUAGGAGGGAUCAGAUCACAGAGAAUUAUGGGCAAUGAAGGAGAAGAAGAUCAUCAUCAACAGUCAAUCAGAAACUUCAAUAUUGAUGCUGCAGAUGCCUUCAAAAGAACAGGGACAAUAUGGACAGCAAUUGCUCACAUAAUAACUGGAGUAAUAGGAGCUGGAAUACUGUCCCUUGCCUGGAGCAUGGCUCAGCUGGGGUGGGUUGCCGGUCCAUUGGCUAUGGUGGUGUUUGCAGGGAUCACCCUUAUUUCUUCGUAUCUUCUCUGCGAUUGCUACAGAUCUCCUGAUCCCGAAUCGGGACCAACAAGGAGUAAAUCCUACAUGGAAGCUGUUAAACUCUACUUAGGGGAGAACAGCAAGCGAGUAUCCGGGGUGUUUUUGAAUGAAACCUUGUAUGGUUGUGGAGUAGCAUAUGUUAUUACUUCAGCUGCCAGUAUCAGAGCAAUUCAGAAAUCAAACUGUUACCACAAGGAAGGACAUGAAGCUCCGUGCCACUAUGGGGAAACUGAUUACAUGCUACUAUUUGGGGCUGUCCAGAUUAUAAUGUCACAGAUACCAGAUUUCCAUAACAUGGCAUGGCUCUCUAUUCUUGCAGCUAUCAUGUCCUUCUCCUAUGCUUUCAUAGGAUUGGGACUUGGCUUUGCAAAAGUUUUAGAAAAUGGGACAGUUAAAGGGAGCAUUGGAGGAGUCCCAGCCAAGAGUACGGCCGAGAAAACAUGGUUAGUGUUUCAGGGCCUAGGGGACAUUGCUUUUGCCUAUCCAUACACAAUCAUUCUUCUAGAAAUACAGGACACUCUGAAGUCUCCUCCGCCUGAAAACCGGACGAUGAAGGUGGCUUCCACCGCUGCAAUCUUUAUCACCACCUUCUUCUACCUCUGCUGUGCGUGCUUCGGAUAUGCAGCCUUUGGGAGUAGCACACCGGGGAACCUCUUGACUGGUUUUGGAUUCUAUGAGCCCUUCUGGCUCGUUGACUUGGCUAAUGCUUGCAUUGUUCUGCACCUCGUUGGAGGAUAUCAGGUGUACAGCCAGCCAGUGUUCCAGUUCGUGGAAGGUUGGAUCAGGAAGAAGUUCCCAAACAGGCGAUUUGUGAAUGAUGCUUACGCGCUAAAACUCCCAUUUUUGCCCGGCUUUCAACUUCAUCCUCUAAGGAUAUGUUUUCGGACGACUUACGUUGUAUCAACAACACUAGUUGCAGUCAUCUUCCCUUACUUCAACCAGGUUUUGGGAGUUUUAGGGGCCUUGAACUUCUGGCCAUUGGCAAUAUAUUUCCCUGUGGAAAUGUACUUUGUGCAGAGAAAGAUUGGGGCUUGGACAAGGACAUGGCUUCUUCUACAAACUUUCAGCCUUGCUUGUUUGCUUCUGUCCAUAUUAGCCUUAGCUGGGUCAUUGCAAGGACUUAUAAGUGCAAAAUUUAGCUGAUCAGAUCAAGCUAAUAUUUGCAGACAAUUAAUGGAAUUCAUGUUUAUAGCUUUCCUUUCUCUAUGGUGAAUGUGUUCUUGAUCAGAUGAUGUACAACCUAUUAGAAUUAACAA